GCCAAACACUUCCGGAAGUGCGGGGACUACUCUGCCGGAGGAAGCAGCGCGGGCUCGACCGGCGUCGGCCCGCCGCCUCCGCCGCUGCCGCGUUCCAGUCUGACCCCUCUGGCCCGGCUUGACCUGGUGUGGCCCGCCUGGGCUCAGCGGUCGCCGGGCCGCGGCUCCCGAUGGAAAUCAUAUGACAUAGAAUAUUUGGGUGACAUCUGCCUGAAAGAUAUUCAAGAAGUACAGAAGACAAAAAUACUAAUGCAUUUGAGAAAGCGGUAAAGUUUGGGGGGAGGGGGAAAAAGCAACUGCUUUCCUGAUCUGCAACUUGGCUGGAUGCUAAGAUGUCCGUGGACAUGAAUAGCCAGGGGUCUGACAGCAAUGAAGAGGACUAUGACCCAAAUUGUGAGGAAGAGGAAGAGGAAGAAGACGAGGACCCUGGGGACAUAGAGGACUAUUAUGUGGGAGUAGCCAGCGAUGUGGAGCAGCAAGGGGCAGAUGCCUUUGAUCCUGAGGAGUACCAGUUCACCUGCUUGACUUACAAGGAGUCCGAGAGUGCCCUCAACGAGCACAUGACCAGCUUAGCCUCUGUCCUAAAGGUGUCUCAUUCAGUUGCUAAACUUAUAUUAGUUAAUUUCCACUGGCAAGUCUCAGAGAUAUUGGACAGAUACAAGUCCAAUUCUGCUCAACUGCUAGUUGAGGCUCGCGUUCAGCCUAAUCCAUCAAAACAUGUCCCCACAGCCCAUCCUUCUCACCACUGUGCAGUGUGUAUGCAGUUUGUGCGGAAGGAAAACCUACUCUCUCUGGCCUGUCAGCACCAGUUUUGCCGCAGCUGCUGGGAGCAGCAUUGCUCAGUACUUGUCAAGGAUGGCGUGGGUGUGGGAGUCUCUUGUAUGGCUCAGGACUGUCCACUCCGUACACCAGAAGACUUUGUGUUUCCGUUGCUUCCCAACGAAGAAUUGAGAGACAAAUACAGGCGCUACCUCUUCAGGGACUACGUGGAGAGUCAUUACCAGCUCCAGCUGUGCCCUGGUGCAGACUGCCCCAUGGUUAUUCGGGUACAGGAGCCUAGAGCUCGCCGAGUCCAGUGCAAUCGGUGUAACGAGGUCUUCUGUUUCAAGUGUCGUCAGAUGUAUCACGCCCCCACAGACUGCGCCACAAUCCGGAAAUGGCUCACGAAGUGUGCAGAUGACUCUGAAACGGCCAACUACAUUAGUGCUCACACUAAAGAUUGUCCCAAGUGCAACAUCUGUAUUGAGAAGAAUGGAGGCUGCAAUCACAUGCAAUGCUCUAAAUGUAAACACGACUUCUGCUGGAUGUGUCUAGGAGAUUGGAAGACUCAUGGCAGUGAGUACUACGAAUGCAGCCGUUACAAGGAGAAUCCUGACAUUGUCAACCAGAGCCAGCAAGCCCAGGCCAGGGAAGCACUCAAGAAGUACUUAUUCUACUUUGAGAGGUGGGAAAACCACAACAAAAGCUUGCAACUAGAGGCACAGACAUACCAGCGGAUUCAUGAGAAGAUUCAGGAGAGGGUUAUGAACAAUCUGGGGACAUGGAUCGACUGGCAAUACCUACAGAAUGCUGCCAAGCUCUUGGCCAAGUGUCGAUACACCCUGCAAUACACCUACCCAUAUGCGUACUACAUGGAGUCUGGACCCAGGAAGAAACUGUUUGAAUACCAGCAGGCUCAGCUGGAGGCUGAAAUCGAAAACCUCUCGUGGAAAGUGGAGCGUGCAGACAGCUAUGACAGAGGGGACUUGGAGAACCAGAUGCACAUAGCGGAGCAGCGGAGGAGAACCCUACUGAAGGAUUUCCAUGACACCUAGUUGGGACAUGGAUGUGCUGGGGUGAGGAAGAUGUGGCUGCAAGGUCUCCCAGCUGCCAUACUGCAUGCUGCAGGCUCUGCCUUUCACGACCCCAGUCAACAGCCAGGGCCCUACUCCUGAGAGACACUGGCAACACCUCUUAGUCGAUUUCUGUUUUCUUCUCAUCUUUUCACUUUUUGUUUUUACCAGGGUAGAGGCCGUGUUGAAUUGACCUCUUUUCAGGACUUUUAAUUUGCCCCUGGAUGGUUGUUGGGAGGGAGGGAGAGUUUUUUUCUGAAUGGCUAUUAAUAGUAUUAGAUCAUUACAACUUAUGUAAUUUUCAAAGGUUGUACAAUUAUACAAAAAAAAGCAAAACAUAGGAUAACACAGAGCCCUUUUUAAAAAUAAAUUGGCAUUGGAGUGUUUUA